UCCCAGCCCUCAAAUUCCAUAACGGCCCAAAACCUCAGAGCUUCGUUCACCCCUUUCUCUCUUCACUCUACUCCUCCACUGCAACUUAUGAAAAACGAUGAUCCUCCGUUUAUAAUUCCCAAAAAAGACCUUCUCUGUUUUGCAGAAUCAUCGUGAGCAAAGGUAUGGGCGUGGGAGGUCAUUUCUGGGAUUUACUCAAACCCUACGGUCGAACCGAAGGCUUCGAUUUCCUCCGAAACAAACGGGUCGCUAUUGAUCUCUCUUUCUGGAUCGUCCAGCACGAAACCGCAAUCAAAUCCUUCACUCGAAACCCUCAUAUCAGACUCACAUUCUUCCGUACCGUCAACCUUUUCUCCAAGUUUGGGGCGUUUCCGGUUUUUGUGGCUGAUGGGACUCCCUCGCCGUUGAAGUCUCGGGCGAGGAUUGCGCGGUUCUUUCAGGCAUCAGGCAUUGAUUUGUCGAGUUUGCCGGUGGCCGAGGAGGGUGUUUCAGUUGAAAGGAACCCGAUGUUUUUGAAAUGCGUUAAAGAGUGUGUGGAGCUGCUUGAACUUCUUGGAAUGCCCGUCCUAAAAGCAAGAGGAGAGGCUGAAGCACUUUGCGCACAGUUAAACAGAGAAGGUCAAGUCGUUGCUUGCAUUACAGCUGACAGCGAUGCUUUCCUAUAUGGGGCUAAUUGUGUAAUAAAACGCCUCCUGCCCAACUCUAAAGAACCCUUUGAAUGCUACCAUAUGUCAGAUAUUGAAGCUGGUCUUGGGAUGAAGAGAGAACACUUGAUAGCCAUUUCUCUUUUGGUUGGAAAUGACCAUGAUUUAAAUGGUGUGCCAGGAAUUGGGAUUGAAACUGCUCUUCGUUUUGUCAAAUCUUUCAGUGAGAAUGAGAUCUUAAAUAGGUUGCAUGAAAUAGGCAGAGGAGAUAUGUUGCAGUUCCAGGGUGGAAUGAAAUAUGUAGGUGAUAUUACUCCCAACUCAGAUGAGAAUACACCAAAGAUGAAAUUUUCUCAUUGUUCCGUCUGUGGACAUCCAGGCAGCAAGAAAGCUCAUCUUAAGUCGUCAUGCGAAUAUUGCAUCACUGAUACCAGCAAUGGAUGCUUGCAAAAACCAGUGGGGUAUAAAUGUAGUUGCAGCUCAUGUGAUCUGGAUAGAAAACAAAAGGAGCAGAAGAAGAAUGAAAAUUGGCAGAUAAAAGUUUGCAAAAAAAUUGCCAUGGAGCAGAAAUUUCCAAAUGAUGAGAUUAUUACAAUGUAUUUGAGCAGCAACCAAGGAAAUUCUACUGAUGAUGCCCCUCAUGUAUCGUGGGAAAGCCCAAAAACUGAUUUUUUGGUUGAUUACCUCUCCUAUCAUCAGCACUGGGAGCCAUCUUACACACGACAAAGAAUGUUACCCAUGUUGUCCACCAUUUUCUUGAGGGAACUGGCCUCUAAUCCAACAAAUGAUAUGUUAUACGGACAGUAUGAAUUUGAUUCUAUUCAGCGUGUUAAGAAAAGAUACGGGCAUCAAUUUUAUGUGGUUAAAUGGAAGAAGGCUUCAUGUGCAAUGGGUGAUGCUAUCUAUGCGGUUGCUUCUGAAGUGUCUGAUACACAACAUGAGUCCAGGGAACAUGAUGAACCCAUUGAUCUGUUGGAUGAAGCUGAUGUCCCCCAAAUCAGUGUUGAUGAUGGACACUGGUUUUUGUUGACCGAUGAAGAUAUGGAUCUUGUUCAGGCUGCCUUUCCAGAAAAAGUGGCCCAAUUUUUGGAAGAAAAGGAACUGAAAGAAAAGAAAUCGAAAAGGAAGAAAUCCAGCUUAAUAUCUGAAGGAACUCCUGAAUCGUCAAAAUCACCAGCACCGAGAAGCGUGCAGCUAAGUAUUACUGAAUUUUACCGUGCAUCUAAAGCAAUGAAGCUUGGGGAGAAAUUAACUGAGAAUUCACAUAAUAGUGAUGUGACUAAAGGAAAAAAACAAAUGUCAAGCCCAAAUCUUUCCAAGUCUUCUAGGCGGCGUCUUUUGUUCGACUAGGGAAGGGAAACUGUAACUUGAGCUAUGUAAAAUAUAUUUUUGGUUGCCAUUGAAUUGUUGUUUCAUUGAGCACAAUCAGCUGUAGAUGGAUAGUUGUAAUUAAAUAUCGGGUUUACAUGGCAAUUGAUAGGUCUUAAUCCUCUUCUUCUGCUA